AUGGCUCGAGAAAGUCGUCGCCCAGACGCGACGCCUACCCGGCGGGCCUCGAGUGCCGAACCGUCGGCAUCCAUUGCCCGGCGGUCAAUUAUCAAAACUCCUGGAAGUCAAGCACGCGGGCUGGAGCGGUUACAGGGUCUCUCGGCGUCGGGCAGGAAGAUGGUGCCCUUGACGGCAACCCCUCACGGGCGUGCCGCCCUGCGAACCAUCGACUCGCGCCGGGCUGCCUUCACCCCUCAUCGCGCCCGCCGAAAGAGCCUGCGUGAGGUGCGCGACUCGCCGCGGGAUUUCCUACUUUCCUUGGGCCGGGUCUUGGCGCGCAACACCGAAGUCAUCACAACAUCAUCGUCAUCGCCAGAUGAGCAGAGGGAAGCAGACUCGGGUGCUGCCAACGACUCGACUCUCAGCAUGAUUCAAGACGAUGACGAUGACGAGCUCCCGAAGCGCCCGCGGCUCUCUCUCCCUAUUGACGAGGAGGACGACAGCGACGAUCUCCAGCCUCAUCGCUCCGUCGUUUUUGACGACGAGAAUUUUACGAUGCAGUCCAUCGAGAUGCCGCGCCGAGCUGUUAGCGAGCAGCCAGGCGGCCGCGUCUCCAUCGGGAGCGCGCGCAUGAGUGACUACUUCAACACAAACGACAUGUUGCACAGCGAGGAUGUCGGGAUCGACUCGGGCUUCUUCCCGCCAACCGCUGUAUUAGAGGAGGACGAUAUCACCAUGGGCCCCGAAGGCCUUGUGUCCCCCGAACGCCUCGAUUCGGACCCUGCCCGUCGCGAUAUUGGCCGUAUGAGCGAUUUUGGGAUUGAGAUACCAGUCAAUGACAUUGACGAGAGCACGUUUGUCAUGGCGGCUCAAGUCCAAAGCUCACCAGAUCGACCUCCUCCUGACCUUGAUGGACCGGAUACUGGCGAAUUUGCGCCCUUGGCCGAGCAGCGCAGCGACGACAAUGACGGUGAGGAUCUCGGGCCGGUGCCGGUGUUGGAGGAGGAGCCAUUAGAAGCCACAAACGAGAGCCCUCGGGGGGAGACGGAAGUUGAGGCUGCAGCCACAGGACGGGCCGAAGGACAUGAGUCGAAAAAGCGGGGCAUCAAAGUCUCAAAGCACGGUAUCGAGUAUCCCUCUCUUCCGCCAGCAGUGGUAAAGCGGCUCGCUCAGACAUUUGCCAAGACCAGCGGCGCAAAGGGGAAGAUCACGCCAGAUGCCAUGAAGGCCAUUAUGCAAGCGUCAGACUGGUUCUUUGAGCAGGUGGGUGAGGACCUGCAGGCAUACGCAAAACACGCAGGCCGAAAGACGAUCGACGAGAGUGAUGUGCUCACCCUGAUGAAGAGGCAGCGUCAGAUCAACUCACAUAUUACACCAUUCGCUCUCGCCCAACGGCACCUUCCUAGGGAGCUGCUGCAGGAGCUGCGCAUGACGCCCCCCUCCGCUCCAAAGAAGCGCCGCAGGGGGAAGGGCGGUGGGGAGGACGAAAAGGUCACCUGA